AUGGAGGACGUUCAGUUCGAAGUGCCGGUCGCGCUCAAGGCGCUGGAGCUCCGCCUGGUCUCCGCCGCAGCAGUCGGCCCGCCCCUCUCCGCCUUCCCCUCGCUCCUCUCCCUCACGCUCUACCGCCUAGACGGCCUUCCAGCGCAGAUCUCCUCCGUUUCCCUCUGCUCCUCCCUCACCUCUCUCUCCCUCUGGCACCUCACCGAUUCUCUCCUCUCCUCCCUCUCCUCCUCCUCCUCCUCCUCUCUCCCCGCCCUCCAGUCCUUCACCCUCACAUCAGCAUCAGUCAGAACUUCCCUCGCAUCCCUCGGUGCUUUCCCCCUCCUCUCCUCCCUCGCUCUCUGCUCAUGCUCGCAAAUCGGUCCCCCUGAAAUGCACUCUCUUUCGCGCUCCCUCCACACACUCACCCACCUGACCAUACAAGACUGCCCCAUGAUUCCCUCCUAUGCGGUGGCCGCUCUGACCGCUGCUAAUUCAUCCCUCACGUCUCUUUCCCUACGGGGCAGCUUGCGUCUCUUCAUGCCUGGGGGGGUUGAGAUGGCGCUAAAACCCGUCGCUGGCGCUUUAGAAACGCUGACGCUUAGCGGCGUGCCGGUGCUGAGUGGGGGCAUGCUUGAGGGGUGCACGCAACUGAAGGCGCUGCGGUUGGAAUAUGGAAAAGGGCUAUUGAGACGGCUCUCGCUGCACGCGUGCUCGGGGCUCGAAGAAAGUGAUUUCCAUGCGAUCUUGCAGUCCUCUCCUCGUUUGGAGCAUCUCCUUGUGGACUACAACGACGCGUUCUCCGACCGGGUGAUUUCGGAGAGUAGAUUGAAAAAGCUCACGCGUUUCAGUGUGGUAGCAUGUCCCAAGGUGACUGCGGAGAGCAUCGGGGGCAUUUUUGGGAGCUUUCCGAAGUUACGGUGGCUGAAGGUGGAGAAGGGGAAAGUGACAGAGAGAGCUAGAAGGGUGUUCCUGAGGGCUGGUGUGAUUAUACGAGGAGUGUAA